UUCGAAUCCGCAUUCGUAUUCCGCAACAAGUGAAAUAACUACUAAGACGCGGUGCCCGAAGGCAGCAUGUAGGGGAGGAUGGACCGGUCUCUUUGGCCGUUUUGAGUGAUCAUGUUCUUCGUCUGCGUUAGGUUAUAUCGAGGUGUUGUGAGGGGGCUUCGAGCGCAGCAUAGAUCACGGUCAGGAACAUGGAGGCACGGCCAGUGCCGGGCUAGGGCUGAAGUCGUCAAUGUGUCACGAAUUGAUUUCAAGGACGAUACUUGGAGCUGUCAUACUAGGAUGCCACACUGAAACGGUGCCAUAGUCCGUGGCCAAACUGCAGGCGUGAACACGCGCAAACGUAUGAAUAGAUUCAAUAGUGUUUGGUCCGCAAAUGAAAGCUAGUUAGCUCAUCUUCUUCUUGCUCAAAUUGGAGAGCACCGAUAUCAGCCAGCCGAGGCAUACACGCUGUGAGAAGACUGUCUAAUCCGGCCUGCCGCCAACCUCGUGCAGAAUGCGGGUCCGGAAGCAGUCUGAUGAAGACAUGGUCAACAGUUCCCGCGAGAAGUGUAUCCAUCUCGCCCCAGGCCUGUGUCACAAGUGUCACUUGGUCAGGGGCCACUGGGGGAAGCCGAAAGUGGAUGCGGGAUAGGUUGGGUGAUGCGCGAAGGAUCACUUGAGCGUCGAGCAGCGCGAGAGCCACCUCCUGCGAGCUGUGGAUCUCGAGAUGAAGGAUGGCCGAGUGCAGCUCCGGGCAGCUGUUGUCCGCUAGUUCUAAACGGGGGACGUCGCUGUGGCUGCGGCGCGAGAGCAAUAGCUCUUGCAGCUUUAGAGAGACGAUGUAGAGAAGUGGUGGGUGGUAGGAAAAUUCGGAAAGGAUCACCGCCAGUUUAUCGACGCGAAGAUGUGGAGAGGCCAAUGCUGGAGGGAGCCACCAGAUGCUGUCACGACACCCAUCGAAGAUGAGAGAUCGCACAUGAACGCGUGGAGGGUCCGGUGGAGAUGCCACUUCUCUCGUGAUCGGUGUCUCACAGACAUUUCCGACAAAGGAAAGAGAGCCACACCCGGCAAAGAGCGCGACCCAGUCCCACAGACCAUCCACGGUCUCGAAGCCAAAGUCCCCGUAGAAGUGCACCGAGUCUACCUGAGUCCAAGUGCCGAGCCGCUUGUCGCACGGGAUGGCCAUGAACUCCGGAUACUGAAAUCUGAUUGACCGCAGAUUUGGGAGCCGCUCUUGCAUGUCCUCUGAGAAUAGAUCCGCCAACACCUUAGCGACGGACAAGCGCUUCACGACGAGACUAUGCACGCGGAUACCGGCGCGCGGACUCGUGCGCACGAGAGUGCAGAAGCGUGCUGCAUGGCUGUCGUUGCGCAGAGUUAUGUCCUUGAAGAGUCUGAGGAGAGUCUGCG